AUGCUCAUUGAAUCUCUAGCUAGGGCUUCCUCUACCAAGAUUGCUCUGCGUUCUCCUCAAGCUAGUCAGAAGUACGCAUUUUGCAUCAGCAACACCCUCUAUAGCCAACGAAUUACUCAAAAAGCAGGGAGCAUAGAGGUGUCAUCAGUUCUUUGCCAAGAUCAUCCUUGCGAAGUCGUUGGUCUCAGCAAGCAAGAUAGUGCAAAUCCGCAACUAGGCGAUGUAAAAUUGCGCUCCGAGGCAAUCAAACUAAUAGCGAAUGUUUACGUGGACAGCAUCAGCCAGCUCUCAAAUAUGCCCAUUUUUAGGCGCACCCAUCAAUUUAGUCACGUCCAGAUUAUGUCUAACUCAGUGGCCACGCUCAAGAUAGCGCAAUCGAUGGUUCUGCUCACCAACCUCUCGCCAAUGCCGGUGAUGCAAGUGAACCAUAUUAUGGAAGCGCACCUAUCCCAAUUUCUGGUUAAGGUCCUCAGCAUAUACCACCUUCUUUGGAGUCUUCGUUAG